AUGAAGCACGUGUAUGUCUUUUUGUCCACUGCAGAUGUGGAUGAGUGUGUGUCCUCAGUGUGUGGAGUUCACAGCAGCUGCUUUAACACACCUGGAAGUUUCCUCUGCGGCUGUUCUCCAGGGUUUCACAGACAUGAGAACGGCACCAGCGGCCCCUGUGAAGACAUCAAUGAGUGUUCAGAUCCAGAUGUUUGCGGCACAAAUGCAGACUGCUACAAUCACUUAGGUGGCUACAGCUGCAAAUGCCAUGAGGGUUACAGUAACUAUGGCAACAACCAGUCAAAAUGCAUAGAAAUGGACUGCGAUCAGUUUGAACCCGAGUCUGAUGGAGACCACACACCAAAGAAGUUGAAGCAUUUGAUGUCACUGUUGAAGAACAGCUGUGAGUCUCUGAAUGAUCCACGUGGAGAACGUUUCACUGGAGAGAAAUUGUUGGAGGACUUGUGCAGUUCCUCUGACGAGCUGCUGUCUGAUGGAAACAUCGCUGACGGGAAGACUCUGAAUCAGUUUCUGGACGCGGUGGAGAGCAGCAUGCGUCUGAUCGGACCUCAGCUGAGAGAGCCUGUGACCAGGAUGGAGACACACAACACCUUCGCUGAGGUUGCAGUCAUGAAGAGUCAGACUCCGCCCAGUGGGCGUGUCUCUCUGAGCACAGACUCCGCCCUCUUCAGCACCAGUUGGGAAACAGUUGUAGGAAAAUCAUAUCCAGGUUUUGCGUUUGCGGCUCUGGUCAGUUAUAAAGAUCUGAACUCAUCCAGUGACCUGCUCCACAAGAUGAGCAGCGAGAGAUCAGACGAUAAAGAGAGAAGCGUCACUUAUCAACUCAACUCUAAAGUGGUGACGGCUGUCGUCAGUAAUGCAGAAACCAAGCAGCUGUCAGAGCCGGUGACGCUCGUCUUUACACACGUGGAGGAGAGGGCGGAGUCUGGGGGCGUGGCUUACUCCUGUGUGUACUGGGAUGAGGCGGAGGGGGCGUGGUCUGGGCGGGGCUGUGAGAGGGCGGAGCCUAACAGCACUCAUACAGUGUGUUCCUGCUCUCAUCUCAGUAGCUUCGCUGUGUUAAUGGCUCUCUAUCCUGUCCAGGACUCGUUUGAUUUGGUGGUGAUCACACAAGUGGGUUUAGUUCUGUCUCUGGUCUGUUUGUUUCUCUGUAUCCUGACGUUCCAGUUCUGCCGCUCCAUCCAAGGAACCCGGACCAGCAUUCAUCUUCAUCUGAGCAUCUGUCUCUUCAUCGCAGACCUCGUCUUCCUCUGCGGGAUCUCCAGCACUCACAAUGAGGUAGCGUGUGCGAUUGUGGCCGGUCUGCUUCAUUUCUUCUUCUUGUCUGCGUUCUGCUGGAUGCUGCUGGAGGGGGUUCAGCUCUACCGGAUGGUUGUGCUGGUGUUUCACACCACAUUAAAACAUCUCUACAUGUAUUUGCUGGGAUACGGAGUCCCUCUCGUCAUCGUUGCCGUCUCUGCCAUCGCCUUCCCAAAGGGAUACGGCACCGAUAGACACUGCUGGCUCUCUCUCGAUCGUUAUUUCAUCUUGAGCUUCUUCGUGCCCGUCUGCAUCGUCAUGAUCCUCAAUAGUUUUUUCUUCAUCAUCACUGUGUGGAAACUGGCCCAAAAGUUCUCCAGCCUCAAUCCAGACCUCUCCAAUCUCAACAAGAUCAGGAGUUUCACGGUGACCGCUGUGGCUCAGUUGUGUAUUCUCGGAGGAACGUGGAUCUUCGGCUUCUUGCUCUUCCAGGAGGAAGGGACUGAAGUCAUGUUGUACCUCUUCACGAUUUUAAACAGCCUGCAGGGGGCGUUCAUCUUCAUCAUGCACUGCCUGCUGUCCAAACCGGUCAGGACGGAGUAUUACAAUCUGUUUGGCCGAAUGUGUCCACACAAGAAGAAAGUGGAAUACAGUAGCAGCAACAGUCAGAAACCUCUACGGAGCGACGGCAGCACAGGAGAGUCGCAGAUAUAAAGCACUUGUCAUAUCCUGAUUUUACAAACUUUAGAACGCUUUCUGUGAAAAUGAAGAUUUUCCACAAAGCCUCAGUUUAACAGGGGGUCGUCAGUUCGUCCUCAUUAUUCCUGUCCAAUCAGAAGAUCUGAAAACUGCUUUCCGUUAGUAAGAAUACUGAUAUGGAAUCAUCAUAUCUGCUUCACAUCGUUUUACAGCUAUAGGCCUGUCAUCUGAACAGCUAAAGUGGGUCACACCACUAAAUGAACAAAAUAAUUAGAGUGCUUUGGCUUUAUUUUGCUGUCUGUUGUGCAAGUAGAAAAUCUUACAUUUUAGAUUAUGCAAAAGGCUCUUCUAUAAAAUGAUUUAUUGGUCGUUUUAUUGUGUUGAGGGCUAUCUUGGUUUGAUUGUCACAAAAAUCAGUAAAAAAAUUGAAUAGAAGUAUGAGAAAUGAAAGUAAAUCUGUAGUUUCGUUUUAAACAGUUGUGAUGGCUUUAAAAUACAUAAAUGAUCUAAUCAGAAAGGCUGUUAUUGUAAAACUUGAUAAAGAUGUAUGAUGUUUGUAUACUAAUAUUUCCUGAAUU